AUUUUUUUUUCUUUUUUUUCUUUUUGUCUUUGUUUCUCUUUCCUUUUUCCUUUUUUUUUUCUAUACGAGCCAUAUCUUUAAUUGGAAUACUAUUUUAAAUAGAAUAAUAAUAGCAAUAUGUUUAAAGCCAACCAUUAUAGAUACGUAUCUACAUGUUCUGAUGUUGCAUCUUCUUCAAGCUGCUAUACUUUAAUAGCUAGACAGCAACCCAUUCAUACUCGUAUCAGUACAAGUAAUGAACGAGAUCGUCGACCAAUAGAUCCUCCCCCUAUAAUUCAAAUAAAACAUAAUAAUUCCACCCCGCAACAAACCAAUGCUUUCUAUCAAAAUUCCUAUUUCUUUAUGUGUGCUAACUUGGCUCAUCCAAUAAAUGAUAAUGAAAUAUAUACACCAACACAUAAUGCUUUAUCUGGCCAAACUGUUUCCUCCAUGUAUAAACUUAAAGACAUCGAUAAUAAUGAUGGUGCCUUUUUUAUCUUUGGUGAUUUAUCUGUUAAAGUUGAAGGAAGUUUUAGAUUAAAGCUUUCGUUAUUUGAAAUUACAACUACAGGUUCAAUUUGUUUACAAUCGAUAUUUACAGAGCCGUUCAUCGUUUAUCCAACUAAAAAAUUUCCUGGUAUGUUGGAUUCCACCUUUCUUUCAAGAUCUUUCUCUCACCAGGGUGCACGUAUAAGAAUUCGAAAAGAAAAUAGAGCUCAAUUGUUAAAUAAUCCCUUAGCGAGUCAAACUUCUCGUAAAAGAAAACCUGAUGUUAAAAUUCUACCUAAUAGUGUGGUGUGUGCCCCUGUACCUCUUUCUAUGGAUAAUAAGUUUAAUUCAUGUCCCGUCACAAAUCAAAAUUUACCUAUUGCCUUAUCCACACUAUCUCACAACACCUUGACUAAUACUGCUACACCUAUCCAUAGUUCUAUCGUUCAUAGCCCAUCAACGCAAGCUACUUGUUCCAGCCUUGAAAGAAGGACUAGUAUCACAAGCAAUGGUACAGAAAGUUGCAGCAGUAACGAGGGCAGCCCCAUCAUGACGUAUUUCUCAUCUCCUCGUAUCUCCUUACCUCCACUUUCCCCACCUCAUCAUCAUAACUAUGAUAAGUUUUCUUCCCCAAUAAGCUAUUUAUCUUCAUUACCUACUACAUCAUCCUUUAUAUAUCCUACUACAACCACACCUGUCUUUAUGGACCAGCAAAUCAAGUUGCCUCCUAUUCGUAAUAUUUUUAAGAGACAAAAAAACGAUACAACAGAAAUUAAAGAUGCAGCAGACUCUCUGAUACAAUUAUCAUAUAAUAAUAGAUCUCUUCUUCAUUCCCCUUUCUAAAGGAGCCCAAUACAUUCAAUUAUUUCCCGCCUUUUUAGAUUAUAUACACAUGUAUAACUUGUAAUAUUGUACAACAGAUCCCUUCCCCCCCCCUCCUAUUUUUGCUUUUUCUUUUUUUUUAAUAGACAUACUUGACUAUAUUAAUCCAUAUUUUUUUU